AUGGCGGCUCCUGCUGUUUCUCUGGUCGCCCUCUCGUCCACGCAAGCAACUUUCGUGAUUCGCGUCGCCGCGUGCCAAUCGCGAGCCACAAGCAGCCAGCAACAUUUUCCAUCUCCUCACCACGCAUCUUCUUUCACACACUCGACGACGUUCUCUGGUCGUUCGUGCACGUGUGUUUCUCGCUCCCUGCGAUCGCAGCGACUAGCAGGCUCGCCGUACGGACGCAGAGUAGCCGCGGCGAAAGCAGGUACUUUUAUUAUCGCGUCUGCUUCUGUCGGGGACGUGAACGAGGCGAUUAAAGACGCGGCUAAGGAGGGUGACGUGGCUGCGGUGAAGCAGCUUCUGGCAGGCGGAGGUGUCGACAUUAAUCUUCCUAGCCCCGAACGAUCCGGCUGGACAGCGUUGCACCUGGCAGCUUUCUACGAGCAUCCCGAGGUCGUCCAGGUGCUUCUGGCUGCCGGAGCUGACACUGAGGCUCGGAAUAACACCGGAAAUACUCCGCUGCAGUUUGCAUGCCUGAAGGGCAACUUGGAUGUUGCUCGCAUGCUAUUGGACGCUGGGGCUGACCUGUACGCCACCAGCGAUGACAAGGGGAAUGCCCUCGAGUAUGCUCAAGAGUGGGGAACUGAAGAAAUGGUGGACUUCCUCCUGGUUCGUGCUGCAACAGAAAGCAAUAAAUAA